AUGCGUUUUCUUUCUUUUUUUAUUCUUUUUUCUUUUUUCUUUCUUUUCUUUUUUUGUCCCUUAGCUUUUUUUAUUGUUCAUCAUCUUUUCUUUCUUUUGUCUUUCUUUUCUUUCUUUCUUUCUUUCUUUCUUCUGACCAUUCAUUUUAUUUACUUCUAUUCUGUCAUUUUCUUAACACAUUUUCCCUCUUCUGCCACAUAUUGUCUCCCUUCCUUCCUUCCUUCCUUCCUUCCUUCCUUCCUUCCUUCCUUCCUUCCUUCCUUCUCUUUUUAUCUAUUUCUAAUUUAUCUUUUCUCUCCAUCCUUCCUCCUUUCUCUUUCCUAUCGUCUUUUCUCUUUUGUUCAUGCCUUCGAAUCCCAUUUCUUCUACUCUUCAUAUUUCCAUUCUUUCUACCCUUCUCUAUCUCCCAUUGAGCCACAUUUUAGCUUCUCUUCAAACUUAUUCCAUUCUUCUUCUUCUUCUUCUUCUUCUUCUUCUUCUUCUCUAUUUUCCUCCCAUCCUUCCUUCCUUGUUCCGACUAUUUGGUGUUUGCCUUUCUUUCUGCUUUUUUCCAAAUAUUUGUUUCCGUCUUCAUUUCAUCGUCCUUUCUACUCUCUUUGCUUUCUCCUACUCCACCUUCUUCCUUCCUUCCUUCCUUCCUUCCUUCCUUCCUUCCUUCCUUCCUUCCUUCCUUCUUCUUCUUCUUCUUCAUCAUCAUCAUCAUCAUCAUUUUUUCCUUUUUUUCUUUCCUUCUACCUCUCUGUCACCUUCUCUCUUUUUCAUUCCUCCUUUCUUUCUUUUUUCCGAUUUCUCUUUUUUCUUCUUUUCUCUUUAUUCCAACUACUUUUCCUUCUUCCUUUCAUCGAACUUUCUGCUGUCUUUGCUGCCCCCUCUACCUCUUCUUUCUUUUUCUGA